UUUGCUUCUUCUUGUAAUGUGAUAUUCGUAAAGUUAUUUAAAAACUUUUUUUUUUGCGGAACCAAAUCCAGGAUUAUUAUUUGUGCUACUUCUGUGAUCUCUGGACAAAGUUCAAGUGACAUUGCUAUAAGUGAUAUUGUAACAUUCAUUGUGCACACAGUUCAUAAAUAUUUUUGAAGCAACAGUUUAUUGUGACUAUUAUAGUUUCUCUCGACUGGACGAAGUGAUCUUCACACAAUUGUAAGUCGUAUAUUUAAUAUUUUUUAAAUCACGAUCAUCAUGUCACAGUCACGUGGUUUUCAAAUUCUGGACAUUAAGGACGAUUUCUUUAAGACAUUCAAAUUGAAAUCUGGACCUAUCAUUGGGUCAGGACUGUCUGGAAACGUAGUGCUGGCCAGUCACCUUGACCAGCCGCAAACUAAGAGAGCAGUCAAAAUAUUUUCUUAUAAUGGAGAUAGUGAAAUGAAAAGCAAGAAGCUGUUCGUACGCGAGGUGAAAAUGAUGCAGUCUGUUAACCAUCCAAACUUGAUGAAACUUAUCAUGGCUGUGAGAUGUCCAACGUACUUGGCUAUCUGCAUGCCCUUUUACCAGAAGGGCAGUUUGUCUUCAUUACUUCGUGAACUGACCCCCUCAAAUCUGGCAGUUUACUUGACCCAACUUACUUGUGCUGUAAGUUACCUUAACAUUAAGAGGAUUGUCCAUUCGGACAUUAAACCAAACAACAUUUUAGUCGACGACAAACAAAACGCAAUCCUCGCAGACUUUGGUUUAGCGUUUAGUGUUCCUCAUGAGACAGAGGUCAUCAGUUCGGACAAGGUUGGAGGCACUCCGGCCUUCAUGGCACCAGAGCUUCUCACAUUGGGUAACGUGGACCCAUUCAAACUGGAUGUCUAUUCUCUAGGUGCCGUAGUGUGGUGUAUUCUGUUUCAAAUAGAACCAAAGUCUACUGUGGCAUUUGACUAUCUUCACGAAACUAACAAGAGUCCAGAUAUUCCACAACCUUACAGAUGGGCUCUGACCAGAAUGCUUGACCCAGUUCCAAAUAAAAGAAUUCACAUAAAUAUUUUGCUGUCCAAGCUUAAAGACUCAAGACUUUGUCCUGCCAUUACGGACAGCUUGACCACAGCUUGACCAUAGUUUGACCACAACUUGACCACAACUUGACCACAGCUAGCCGAUGAAGAUAAGUAGCUUAGUAACUCUAUUUACUAGAUUUUGCAAUAGAUAGACUGUAAUAUAACAAAUUAACGAGGUAUCCUAAUCAGACCUUACAGUCUUUACUGGUGAUGGUAUCUUGAAGGUCAUCUAUUUCUGUAGCCCAUAGUUGACGAGGAUGCCAUGUCACAUGUCCAGCACAACGACCAACUCCAUUUAGUCUUCACCAAAUAUUAUCAUGUACCAAUUAGAAUUCGGGAGGCGAGGUGUCUGAGUGUUAAGCGCUUGGCGUCUAAACCUCGGAUCCCAGGUUGGAGUCUCGGUGAAGUCUGGGAUUUUGAGCUUCGAAUUUUUAGGGCGCCCCUCAAACCACAAAAUACUAAUGUGUACCCAACUUAAAUUGGGGAAUGCAAAGGCGGUUGGUCGUUGUGCAUUAUCUUUCAAGAUAUUUAGAUUUAAAACCCCAAGUUACACUUCAAAAAAUAUUUCUUUUCUUUUUGAGUAACAAUUAUGUAUCUAUCUUUUGAAGCUGAUGAGACUGAGAGAGUUAGAGGAUAAUCAAAUAUGUCGAAAUGGUUCUUUCACAGGAUUGCUGGUAGGAAGAGCAGAAGUAGACUUAAUGAUAGCAAAGAAAUAUAAGAAAGGGAAAUGACUGGUAUAAAUUACCCAUGACUUGGAACACUGGAGACAUUCCAACAUACGAUAUAUGAACUCUAACACACUAGAGGCAUUAACAACACUUGAUUUGAGUCUACUUAUGUUGUGACAUCAACAUUUGUAACUGAAACAAGUCUGAUCGAGUCCUACUAAACAUCUUAGACUUGUCUACUUAUAUACUGCUUUGAACUUGAGCUUUACAAUCCUCAAUACAUAAAACUAAUUGCAUUCCUGUCAGACUUUAUUGGACAUGCAUUCCUUUUAGGGACUCUUGCCUUAAAAAAAAAUAUUUUCACCCCCUUAUUAACUAAUAGCCUUUAAUAUGAACUAGUUGGCAACAAAGUCUGAGACAGUGUUCUACAAAGUACAUGUUACUAUCCUCAAACAACUUAUUAAUUAUUCUUCAGACUUUUCGCUUGAAAAGACUGCAGAAAAGAAUAAUGAAAGUAUCUUGCAUUGACAACCAAACUUUUUGCAGUGUGUUGUGGAUAGGUGAUGUAAUAUAGGGCAUGCAAGGGACGUGGGCUGUAAUGUGUGACACUGACCCUAGUGACGCCACUGCUGUAAAUUUCAGAAAAACAUCUCUAGAACUAAUCUUUUUGACUGUGUCCUGAUUCAAU